AUGGCCGACCUAGUAGCAAAAGCCAGGAAAAUAGUAGGCCACUAUAAGCAUAGUUCUACAGCUUCUGAACGGCUACACCAAAUACAGGAAGAGAUGGGCAAGGAGGUGUUGAAUCUUAUCCAAGAUGUUGAAACCCGAUGGAAUUCGGAGUAUUUAAUGCUCAAUCGACUUAUCAAGAACAAGGAACCAGUUUCAAGGGAUCUAGUGUCAUUUGGAAAAAUUGAUAAUUUGACGGUUUCAGAGUGGCGUCUAGCAGAAGCCUAUGUCAAAAUUCUCGAGCCACUUUAUGAAGCAACAGUCGAGAUGUGCUCUUCCAUAAUGCCGACUGCUUCAUUAGUUAUACCAAUUUUAUAUUGCAUCCAGGAAAAACUUAGUGCAAUCAUUAAUGACGAAGAAGGGGUUGGGAAAAUGUUUUCACGCCAAUUGCUCAAGAGCUUAAGAUCUCGAUUUCCUAACUCAUUGAAAGUUGAUCCAUAUGUGACAGCAAUGCUGACUGAUCCACGAUUUAAGGAUGUGGCACUGGAGCCUUUUGAAAGAGCUAUUUCAUUGGGCUCACUAAAGCAAAGAAUCAUGACAGCCAUAGGACAAUCGCCUUCAGAAACAAAUCAGUCAAAAGCCCAAGAUGAAGAAGACAAAUCAAAAUCGUUGUGGUCGAUCUUCAAAAAAGCUGCAGCACAGAAGGCUUCAGAACCACAGGAAAGCACCCAGCUUGAAAUCCAGGUGGACAAUGAGUUUAAAAUCUACUUUGCUGAACAAACCAUUCCACCAUCGGAGGAUCCCUGUGCAUGGUGGAGGGAAAACGAAGGACGGUUUCCCCUUUUGAAGUCCAUCGUUCGUCAGUACUUAGGAAUACCGGCGACAGAAGUAGCAAGCGAAAGGACAUUCUCAAGUGCGGGUAACGUUGUUUCACCAUUAAGGCAAAGACUUUCGAAUGAACAUGUAGAGGAGUUGGUGUUUCUACAUCAAAACGCGAAACUAUUGUAUGAUAAGUUGAAAUAA